CGGCGCACCGUUUCUCCUCGUCUUGUUUGCUUCAGGAGUCCGACUGGCGCUGGCUUGAGCAGUGUGUUGAUGGAGCAGCGCAGAGAUUGCCUGGAGCACAAGCCCGAAGCACAAAAACAGACCCCCGAACUGUAGUCGCAUUUGACUAUUUCAGCAUUGUUUUUGCGACUUUCAGAACGGAUUGACAUCGUCGUGGAAAACGACUGCAUCAUUUAUUACUAGGAUAUGAGCUGAUUUGCUUCUCAUUCGCCUAGUGCAUUGGAGCUGUGCUAUUUUUUUAAUUCAUUGCGUCCCACGGAAAAUGUGGAUGCGUGCAACGGGGAUAUGGGAGAAAUCUAGGCCUAUUGAUUAACUGCACCUCGCUAUGGAACAGUUUGUUCGGUCCUUGGGGACUCAAGGACUUGGAGAGAGCCUAACUGCCACAAGAAAUAACACAAUCUGUCCCUCGCAAGUGAAGCAUGCAUCGGAACCACCGACGUCUUUGUGUUCCCCGCUUCUUAUACCGAGCUUGAGGGGGGCCUCUAUCCUGCUGAAGGGGUGACCACUCUUCUUCGGUGCCAAACUGAAAUAUUCGUCAAACACCAUUUAGGACUAUCACCCCUAAAUAUAAGAAGAUGACUUCUCCGAGAACCACGGAUUGCUGACUGUACCAAGACUUGUCUUUUUCCCUUCUACUGUAUAGAAUACAGUAGUAAAACCAGAGUUGUUAGCUAGCGGCCUUCCAGAGCUGCUUCCAUACCAGGCCACCAUGGCUGCAGCGUGGAGGACUCCACUUCUCCACUGUCUACUGCUCACCCUCAUUCAUCUUCACUGUUCAGAAGCGUUCAGCCGUGCGGCCUUGCCGUUUGGCCUGGUCAGAAGGGAGCUCUCCUGCGAGGGCUACGCUAUUGAUCUUCGCUGCCCAGGUGCCGAUGUUAUCAUGAUUGAGACGGCCAACUACGGCCGCACGGACGACAAGAUCUGCGACGCCGACCCGUUCCAGAUGGAGAACGUCAACUGUUACCUCCCCGACGCCUACAAGAUCAUAUCACAAAGGUGCAACAACCGUACCCAGUGUGUUGUGGUGACAGGCUCGGAUGUCUUCCCCGAUCCCUGCCCUGGCACCUACAAGUACCUAGAAGUCCAGUAUGAAUGCGUCCCCUACAAAGUGGAACAAAAAGUUUUCAUUUGUCCCGGGACCCUGAAUGGGGUGGGGGAGCCCACGUUUGUGUUUGAGGCUGAGCAACAGGCUGGGGCGUGGUGCAAAGACCCCCUGCAGGCUGGGGACAAAGUCUUCUUCAUGCCCUGGACGCCGUACCGCACGGACACACUCAUUGAAUACGCUUCCCUGGACGACUUCCGAAACGGCCGCCAGACCACCACCUAUAAACUCCCGCACCGCGUGGAUGGCACGGGCUUCGUGGCCUACGACGGCGCCGUCUUCUUCAACAAGGAGCGCACGCGUAACAUCGUGAAAUUCGACCUGCGCACGCGCAUCAAGAGCGGCGAGGCCAUCGUGGCCAACGCCAACUACCACGACACCUCGCCGUACCGCUGGGGCGGCAAGACGGACAUCGACCUGGCGGUGGACGAGCGGGGACUGUGGGUGAUCUACGCCACGGAGCAGAACAACGGGCGCAUCGUGGUCUCGCAGCUCAACCCGUACACGCUGCGCUUCGAGGCCACCUGGGAGACGGCGUACGACAAGAGGUCGGCCUCCAACGCCUUCAUGGUGUGCGGCGUCCUGCACGUGGUGAGGUCCACCUACGAGGAGAACGAGAGCGAGGCCGCCAAGAGCCACAUGGACUACAUCUACAACACCAAGCUGAACCAGGGAGAGUACACCGAUAUCCUGUUCCCCAACCAGCACCAGUACAUUGCUGCGGUGGAUUACAACCCCAGAGACAACCAGCUGUAUGUGUGGAAUAACUAUUACAUCCUGCGCUACGACCUGGAGUUUGACGCAGAGAAAGACCCCGCAGAAGUGCCGACUAUAGACGAUGUCUCCUUCUCCUCCGUCCUGCCGGAGACCACCACUCUCUUCACCAGCACCACCUCCACAGUCAAAGGCCCGGUCAACACAACGGCACCAGCAGACCCCAGGGACGGGAGGGAGAGAGACCAGGGCAACCCAGCAGAGGAACCCCGUGGUACUGAUGACCCCGCUGCCCCAGAGAUACCCCCCACCCCCAGGCGCUUCUGUGAGGGAACAAUGAGGAGGGGCAUUGCCUGGCCCCAGACACAUACUGGAGCCACCGUGGAGAGACCCUGUCCCAAAGGAACCAGAGGCAUCGCCUCUUACUUCUGCACGGUGACCGGAGGGACCUGGAACCCAAAGGGACCCGACCUUAGCAACUGCACCUCUCACUGGGUCGCACAAGUGGCACAAAAGAUCAGGAGUGGCGAGAACGCUGCUAACCUAGCCAAUGAGCUGGCCCGCCACACUCAGGGUCCGGUGUUCGCCGGUGACGUUAGCUCCUCGGUGCGCCUCAUGGAGCAGCUGGUGGACAUCCUGGACGCUCAGCUCCAGGAGCUACGGCCUAGCGAGAAGGACUCGGCUGGGCGCAGCUUCAACAAGCUUCAAAAGAGAGAAAGGACUUCCAGGGCAUAUAUGAAGGCCAUUGUGGAUACUGUUGACAACCUCUUUAGGCCAGAAGCCCUGAAGUCCUGGGCAGACAUGAAUUCCACGGAGCAAACGCACGCUGCCACUAUGUUACUGGACACCCUGGAGGAAGGAGCCUUCGUCCUUGCUGACAACCUGAUCGAGCCUGCAGUAGUCAAAAUGCCUGCCGACAAUAUCAUUCUGGAUGUGUACGUGCUCAGUACCGACGGCCAGGUGCAAGACUUCAGGUUCCCCCAGACCAGCAAGGGUGGGGCCUCCAUUCAGCUGUCGGCCAACACGGUCAAAGUCAACAGUAAAAACGGUGUUGCCAAGCUGGUGUUUGUCCUCUAUAAGCACCUGGGCCAGUUCCUCAGUACGGAAAACGCCACCCUCCGCGGGGGAGGAGGGGGAGGACGUAACCUCUCGGACAUGACCGUCAACUCACACAUCCUGGCCGCCUCCAUAACCAAGGAGUCCAGCCGCGUGUUUGUGUCUGACCCAGUCAUCUUCACCCUGGAGCACCUCGACAAGGAGCACUACUACAACCCUAACUGCUCCUUCUGGAACUACUCUGAGAGGAGCAUGAUGGGCUACUGGUCCACACAGGGCUGCAAGCUCCUGGAAACCAACCAGAGCCACACCACCUGUUCCUGCAGUCACCUGACCAACUUUGCCAUCCUCAUGGCCCACCGGGGGAACAUGGUGGAGGGGAGCGUCCAUGAGCUGCUUCUGACUGUGAUCACACGAAUGGGUAUUGCCGUGUCCCUGGUGUGCCUGGCCAUCAGCCUCUUCACCUUCUGCUUCUUCAGAGGCCUGCAAAGUGACCGCAACACCAUCCACAAGAACCUCUGCCUCAACCUCUUCAUAGCUGAGCUUGUUUUCCUGGUGGGAAUCAACAUGACUGAACCGAAGCUGGUGUGCUCCAUCAUCGCAGGCGUGCUUCAUUUCUUCUUCCUGGCUGCGUUUGCUUGGAUGUGCCUGGAGGGCGUGCAGCUCUACCUCAUGUUGGUCGAGGUGUUUGAGAGCGAGUUUUCCCGUAGGAAGUACUAUUACAUCUCCGGAUACCUCUUCCCCACGGUGGUGGUGGGAAUUUCGGCGGCCAUCGACUACCGCAGCUACGGAACACAGCGGGCCUGCUGGCUGAGGGUGGAUAACCACUUCAUCUGGAGCUUCAUAGGACCUGUCACCUUCAUUAUCGUGCUCAAUCUCAUCUUCCUGGUGGUGACCAUGUACAAGAUGAUGAAGCACUCAACUUCCAUGAAACCCGACUCGACCCGGCUGGGUGGUAUCAGAUCCUGGGUGCUUGGUGCAUUUGCCCUGCUCUUUCUUCUGGGUCUGACCUGGUCUUUUGGCCUGUUCUUCCUCAAUGACUCCUCUGUUGUCAUGGCAUACCUUUUCACCAUCUUCAAUACGCUGCAAGGGAUGUUUAUCUUUAUAUUCCACUGCCUCCUCCAGAAAAAAGUCCGUAAAGAGUACAGCAAAUGCUUCCGUCAGUCCCAGUGCUGCGGAGGUCUGCCUUCGGAAGGGUCCCAUAACUCGGCCAAGACAGCCACAUCGCGGUCCACUGCACGGUACUCCUCGGCCACCCAGAGUCGUAUCAGGAGGAUGUGGAACGACACGGUGAGGAAGCAGUCCGAAUCCUCCUUCAUCUCCGGAGACAUCAACAGCACCUCCACCCUCAACCAGGGGAUGACUGGCAACUACCUCCUAACUAACCCUCUGCUCCGAGCCCACGACCCUAACAACCCGUAUAACAACCUGCUGGCUGAGACUGUGGUGUGCAGCACCCCUUCACCCCCAGCGUUUCACUCGCCAGGGCAGCACUCUCUGACCCACAGCAGGGACAUCAGUGCCAUGGACACCCUCCCGCUGAACGGAAACUUUAACAACAGCUACUCCCUGCGUGACCAUGACGACAACUACGAAGAUGUUGUGGGUGUGGUUGGGGGCGUGGCCCGUGGCCCCGGGGACCUGGGGGGCCUCAGUCUGGAUGACGCCACCUUUGAGAAGAUGAUCAUCUCAGAGAUGGUUCACAACAACCUGAGGCCCCGCGGGGCCCCCAAGGGCCACAACCCCUUAAGAGAUAGCAGGGACCGGGCCCCUCCCCUGACAAGGGUGACUGUGGACAGGGACAGGGAUCGAGGUUGUGGGGGUGGCAGCGGCAGCGAGGAUGACGCCAUAGUGGCGGACCACACUGAGGCUUCAUCCCCCCAGAGAGGUAGUAUAGUUGGGGUCGUAGGCGGUCACCCCACCCUGGAGCUGCUGCUGCACCCCCACCACAAAGAGGCGUUAGAUGCCCCCCUUCUACCCCAGAGGACUCACUCCCUUCUCUACAGGAGGGCAGCGGAGGGGCCUGGGGGCCACGGCUCAGAGACAGUGGGUGCGACAGUGGAUGGGGACGCCCAGUCGCCGAACAACAACAGGGACUCCCUGUACACCAGCAUGCCCAACCUAAAAGACUCCCCCUCGGCCUCGCCCUCAGCCUCGCCCUACCCCCCCGAUGAAGACGAUGAUCUGUCCCCUUCCCCCCAGAGCGAGGGCGAGGACCUGUACCAUAAGAGCAUGCCCGAGCUGGUGGACGGGCCCCAGCCCCUGUCCUACUACCACAUAAACUGGGUCACGAGCGAUGGGUGCAUCGUGACCCCCGGCGCUGAAGACUGUGUGCCCGAGGGUGAGGCCCUCCGGGACGGACAGAUGCAGCUCAUUACCAGCCUCUAAGCAGGUGGAUGGAGGAAGGAGAGGAAUAGCUCUGGUGUUUUUGCACUGGUUGGAACAUACAGUUUAGUAUGUAUGUGUGUGUGGGCUUUGGUUGAUGUCAAGAUAAUUGCCAGCCCUUACCAGUCCUCCUCCUCUGCACUCCUAAUGACCCGUCAGCGCAGGAAGUGAAAUGUUUGUGGGUGGUAGGCAGGAGAUGGAUGACUUUUUCAUACAUAGACUCUGUCACACACACAAAUGUCCUUUGAGACUGUCCAUAUGUCUGUGGACUUCCAAUUGCUCUGCUCUGUUGUGGGACUACAGAGAGAGGUAAAUGCCCAGAACACUCCCAGUGUCAGACAGAAAUAUGUCACCACCCCGUCCAGCCUGCAUUUGUAUUAUAUUGAAGACGAGAAAAUCAUGGUUUAGAACUCCAGGUUUAGAACGUUUGGAACACUGGGGAAAUGUUCCUGGCGAGAACUCCAGAAUAAGGAUACCUGGAUUCUAGAACCUAGAGUCAUUCCACUCCACAUUGAGGACUGUCAAGAACCACUAAUUCAGACUCAGGCCUUAUAUUUUCUCUAUUGCACAUGUAACUGUUGUCAGAGUAACAGCUGAAGAAGAUAUAUUUUGCUGUACCACAAGUGUAAAAAAAGAAAAAGAAAAAAUGAACAAAAAUGUUAUGGCAACCAAUUAUACAAUCUUUCAAUGUUGAGAUUACUCUCAAAACAGGUUGCUUAAACAGUGGAAAUGUGUUUUUUUUCCUCUCACACUUGACUUAUUGUAGGAUGUUUCAACAUAAAAAAAAGUUUUUUUAUUCCAAUAAGAAACCAUACUCACAUCUCCGCUUGUGAAGUGCUUUUUGCUUUCAUGAAUUAAGAGUUUUGCCAGUAACAUUUUCUUAACACCAUGCCAUGCACAGAUUUGGAGUGAAUUGGAUCGUUGUGUAAUUUAUUUUACUUGAAAGAAAUUGCCAGGUAAAAAAAGUGUCAAUGCGAUAUUUCAAGUUAUAAAAGCAUAUUUCAGCCUUUGACACAAAUUAAUUUAUUAACAGAGUUAUUGAAAUUUUUUAAAAAGAAAAAUGGUUGAGAUGUGUGACUUGUUUCAGCACUGUUUAGGUUCAUUUCAUUUAUUUUGUAAGAGCCCAUUGUCAGCUGAUAUAAAAUUCAACCCUUAUUUGAUAUCAAAUAAAUGUGAGAUUUUUUCUUGUU